GGAACGCAUGCAAAACAACUUGCUCUUUCUCUCUCCACAAAACGUGGCGCCUCCGACACCUCCGUGUGUCGACUCUUUCUUCUCUCUUCCUAUUUCUCUCUCUUGGUUAUUUCGUCGUAUUCCUCUCCAGUAGUUCAGUCAAAAACUUGCUUCUAUACACCUGAAAAUCCGUUUGUAUAUACAGAUAUAUAUAGACAUAUAUCGCCGUACUCGCCGGACUUGGAUUCCGAUUAGGUGGACGUUGUUUUAGGUGCAAUCACUUACUACUCAUCUUACAAGGUUAAUUUUGUUAUGAGAACAUAAAGAACUCGAUGUUCUCAAUGAGUGCAUUUAUGUCAUGGAGGUGGCUGUUGAGAAAAAAACAUGUCUUAUAUGAUGAGCCUGUGCAGGGGUUAUGUGGAGUUAAGAUGAAACAGCUGCCAUUUAUGGGAAUUGUUUGUAUGGUAAUGUUGUUCAUUGUAUAUAGAACCACGAACUAUCAGUAUCAACAAACUGAGAUGGAGUCAAAAUUGCUUCCCUUUUACACACUAAAGAAUCCCGACGCGGCUUCCAUGAGAGUGAAUGCUUUGCCUCGUGGUAUCAUUCAAGCUAGAUCAGAUUUGGAGUUAAAGCCUCUAUGGUCGAAGAAUAGUAGGUCAAAGGUCAAUGUUUCUAGCCUUCACAACUUGCUGGCAAUGCCAGUUGGUAUCAAACAGAAGCAUAAUGUCAAUGCUACUGUUCAAAAGUUUCUUUCAGAGAAUUUUACAAUUAUUUUAUUCCAUUAUGAUGGCAAUGUCGAUGCAUGGUGGGAUCUUGAGUGGAGUAACAAGGCCAUACAUAUAGUUGCUCAGAAUCAAACAAAAUGGUGGUUUGCCAAACGCUUUCUACAUCCAGCUGUUGUGUCCAUUUAUGACUAUAUAUUUCUCUGGGAUGAAGAUCUGGGAGUGAAGAAUUUUCAUCCAGGAAGAUAUUUGAACAUUGUGAAAUCAGAAGGACUGGAGAUAUCUCAGCCAGCUUUAGACCCAAAUUCGACUGGUAUACAUCACAGGAUUACAAUACGGAGGAGAACAGAUAAGUUCCAUAGAAGAGUUUAUGAUACCAGAGGCAGUGUAAAAUGUUCAGAUGCCAGUGAGCAGCCACCGUGCACUGGAUUUGUGGAAGGAAUGGCUCCAGUCUUUUCAAGAUCUGCUUGGCGUUGUGCUUGGCAUCUAAUACAGAACGAUCUUGUUCAUGGAUGGGGAAUGGACAUGAAACUUGGGUAUUGUGCACAGGGGGACCGAACGAAGAAGGUGGGAGUUGUUGAUAGUGAAUUUAUAGUUCAUCAGGGCAUACAAACUUUGGGCGGAACACCUGCAAGAAAGGAUUCUGUUCCUAAAGAGUCAGUGAAGAGCCAUGCUGUUGAUGUGCGAUUGGAGAUUCGGAGGCAAUCAUUGUCAGAGCUUCGAAAAUUUAAACAGCGGUGGGAACGAGCUGUGAAGGAAGACGAGGAGUGGGUUGAUCGCUGGGAACUAGCUGUGAAGCAUGACAAGAACUGGGAAACUAACCGAAGACUCAAGCAACAAAUUAACCAACAAAUUAACCGAAAACGCAAGCAACAAAAUAACAGAAGGCGCAAGAACAAAUUAAUCCAAAGACGUCAAUUGGCACAAGUGGUUUGAUAAUAUUAUGGGCCUGAAGUCAUCAUUGCAUUGUAAUUUAAUUUGUUUAGGCCCAUUAUAUUAUCAUUAUUUCAUUAUUUGAACAGAGACAGAUAUGUCAUAUUUGGUAUAGAAAGUUUUUAAUUUCAGCUGUUCUUUUUUUCCUUUCUAUUUCCAACCCCUCCCUCGCUCCCUCCUUCAACAUGAUUUCUUUGUUUGGGAGAUGGAAU